ACCACCUCCAAUAUGGCUACCACUCUCUACCUAGCAACUGUACACAUAACGCGUGCUCGCGCGACAAUGUCGCUCGUUCGUCACUGACUGUCAAUAGGAAAUAUCGUUGGACUGGCUGUGAAAUGGCGGAACUUGACUGUUGAGAGUGAUGUUUGAGUGGAUUUAGGAGUACUGUCCCUGUCGCAAUAUGAAAGGCCUGGACAUCAGCGGGGAGAACCUGGAGGACCUCCUGGCGUAUGAUGACCUCUUCCUGGACUACUUCAACGCCUUCCUCGGACUUCCGGUGUUUCCCCAAGCCCUGGGCUACAACCGUCUGACCGGGGCGUUCGAGGAGAUCGACCUGAGUGACCUGAGCGGCUCCCUGUCUGGUUGUGUGUCCCCCUCAGUCCACUAUGGCGCCACCACUGGGGAGUCCGAGAAGAUGCUGGAAUGGGCCAGGGAGGAGAGACUACCCCAGUUUCUCAGAACGCAACUGUUCCGAGAACUUAAGUUGUGCAAGCUCUUGCUCCGUCCCCUUGACGACCGUAUCUCCGCUAGCCGGAACUCCAGCCGACAGCUACGGGGAUACAGUCGUCAGUCCGAGAGCUAUGUGUCCAGCCUUAGCAACAGCGCCGACAACAGUGCUGAAGACGUCUUGGAUGACGAGUUCGGCCUGAUGGAACUGAGACAUUCGGCAUUAUACAGAUUCCGGAGGCCGGGUAGUAGAGCACUCAGCGACCCCGCUGGGAGAAUUUACUAUGACAUCGGAGAAGACUUCAGUGACAUGAGCGACACUACCUCCACCGGCACCAUUCCUCCACAAGUACCCCGGGGACAUCGGAAUCCGAGCAACGGGAUCCGUGGGGAGGGAGGGGCUGUCACAGAACGGGCGUCUUGUUCCCAGGGAGACAGACGAGGGGGACACAAGAUGAGCAGCACGUCCAAGCGCACUACAAGAAUAUCAUCAGAGGUGGAAGUAUUCCCGUCAGAUUCCCUCACAGGCGUAAGAAGUCAUUCGUCUAAGCAUGGCAAACGACCACCAUAUUCGUCUACAGAAGAGGCAUUUUUGCGGGGGGCCAGAGCUCUCUCGGCGCCUAUCAACUACGAAGAGUACUUAAAAGCACCCUUCGUGAACGACUUCGACGCCUUGUUUGGCGAGGCCGAACCUGAGCCGACGGGGGAGAGGUACGUGGUGUUCGAGGACAGCUCCGAUGACGAUAACACAGAGACCGACGUCCGCAACAUGGAGGGGAGGUUGAGGAUGUCGCUGCAGCAGAUGAAAGAACAGGUUCUUGGAACGCUCUCGGGGAUGGAGGCAUUCCGGUCGUUCCUGUACGACACGGCAGGUCUGAGUCUGCUGAACUUCUGGCUGGACUGUGAGUUCUACAAGGACGCCAUGCAGGACGAGGAUGAGGACACCUCUCUGGAGACCAGGAACAGGUUGUUUAGAGACAUCCAGGACAAGUAUAAGCUGAACCUGACCCAAGAUGCCCGAAACAACAUCAGCAAGUCCGCCUCCAGCGUCGGCCUCAGUCACACCAUCUUCCUUCGUACCCAGUACGACGUCCUGCGACGGCUGCGGGCUUACUGGGUGCCACGGUUCUUGCUGCAUCACGAGAGGAUGGAGCCGUUCAGCUACACGAAGCAGGAUCCGCAGACUGUGAUGUGGAGCAUCAAGAAGACCAUGCCAAAGAACCCCGUGCCUUUCUUCCCAUCAAUCUCCUUGGUGAGGUCAAUGCCUCUGCGUCCUGACGACGCGCUGUCGUCGUCCUUGACCUCCAACUGGGACACCGUCACCAAGGCCAACACAAGUAGAGACAUCAUGUCUGUGCAAGGGAGACGACCGUCGUCGCUUGUCAGACAUAAUGGCUUAUGUUGCUUCAGGCCCACGAAGGAACGGUUCCUCUUGGCGCUUAGUGCGGACCGACUAGCCGGCGGACCUUUCCAGAAAUAUCUUGAAAAGGGCGGGGACCAGUCGUUGCUGUCGAACCUGUUGUUCUGGGAGGAUGUCACGGAAUACGGCGCAACCGAGGACAAGUCUGCAGACCGACUUCUUCGACUGCAGCACGCAUGGGCCAUCUUCAACAAGUUCCUGGCGCACGACAGUCCGUACUACGUCGGUCUUCCCGACUCUAUACGAGAUCGCAUCCACCAGAGCCUCCUAGAGGCUCGGGACUUCGUGGAGGCUUCCAUCUACGACUCCGCCAAAUACCAGGCUGUGGACCGUCUAGAGAAGGCCUGGAUCAGGUUCCUGAAGGAGGAUCUCAAGACUUUCCUAGAUUGCCGAGUGCGUCCUGACGCAGACAGCCCUCCUAGCACCGCCGACGCCAUUGAGAUCACCGUCACCGACACGGAAGUGGUCAUCAAACGACCUCGACCUUGGGUUAGAAGACUCCAGCCUCUCAGGGUCCCGGGGUCAACGGCAUCUGAGCGGGCACGACGACUACAGCGUGCUUUGACCUUGGCAGAAGACAUCGACUUCGAGAGGAGGGCAUUGAAUAAAAAGUUACGUAUUGAACGUCGCAAGGAGAUGGAGAAGGAACGGAAGAAGGCCGUUAAGGCUGCAUACGCCAGGCAGAAAGAGGCUAAACUAAAGAAAGGGUCCAAGUCUGAUUUUAGCGACGACGAGUCAGAGCGUUCUAGAAGCCGAUUUUCUGGUGAGGGUGUUGACGGAAUGAUGGCAGGAGAAGGAGAGGACGGGAUAGGGGUACUGCCCUCAUAUACAGACCUGCACUCAAACAGACAACUGAUGGCGAUGUUCAGGAAGUUCAUCCAGGACGGUGAUUCUAAAGAGUUGGCCCACUACCUGCCCCUCCACAAUGACCUUGACACUUAUUUUGACAUGAAAGAUAACAAACAGAAGAAAGACUCGCACGCUGGACAUAUAUACAAGACAUAUCUAGACGCUCAGAGUAAGAAGUUCGCUCCAAUGCCUGAGAAGAUCUCCACCAAGGUGGCGGGGGAGAAAGACAGGCCCAAGUCUCCCACAUUAAAGGAAGUCCACAAGCACGUCCAGUCCAAGCUGGACGCGUUGUUCAAAGAUUUUAUUAUGUACCAAGCAGAGGAGUUCGGUGUAGACCCCAAAGACCUGGCGUCCAUGUCCCAGGCUGAGCUGACCAUGAGGAUGGGGGCAGACACUGGGACGGCGUGGAAGAAGAAGAACAAGGGCAAGGCGACAGGUCGAGCUCACCCUAGCCGGGAGGACAAGAUAGAGUUCCUGAAAGCUCUGGGAGAGUCUGCAAUGGGGCACCUCAAUCUCCAGAUGCUGUUCUUCUUCAAGUACCUUGUAAAGCACGGCCCUGAAGAUGGUAUUCCCCAAAUAGACAAAGACUUGUUCUUCUAUGUAGAAGUACAGAAAUUCAAAGACUGCAGCCACGCGCAUUCCAACGACGAGCUUCUACGAGACAAGGUUCAGUCAAUCGUAGAGUGCUUCCUUGAGUCCGUCACAACACCUGCCCUCCAGGUUGACAUCACGCCAGAGACACACACCAAGACGAACAAGAGCACCGCUCGCUAUCUUCAGGGGAAGGAAACAGGGUCUAACAUUUUCGACGAAGCCCAGUUCCAGGUGUUCAAGGAACUGCUGCCAUACUGGGCCGGAUUCAUGAAGUCGUUUGCCAUGGACGACAAGAAGAAGGCUCCAAAAACAAAGUAUCAGAAACUCGUAGAGAAGAGAAUGAACUCCAUACAGAACUAUCAAAUGCCACCCCUGACCUUCACUCUUCCGUCGAUACCAGAGGGCGCUGUUCCCGCCUUCACUAUCACGCUAUCGGAAGGGGUCAAGUUCAAGGAGGGCCCGGAUGAUGGUCCUUCCCUUCCAACACCCAAUCCGGACCGUAUGAGUAGACUGGGCGGCGUAACAGACAGACAGAACCGGUCCAAGAUGGCUAGUGCUAGUACGCUUAACAGUGCUCGAACUUUCAUCAGAUGAGAAUGGACUCAGUCGGUAGCUGUAUUUCGGUUGUGAAAUGCGACCCUUCAUUACAAUGGCAAGCAAUUUCGCAGCCCGUACUGUCAACUUAUAUAAGUAAAAACGGUCAGAUAUAUUCAAACCUUGAGACUGUACAUACUGUGAUAAGAAUUGUGUUACAUUAUCAAGUGAGAAGAAAGAUGAAAGUAGCCCAUGAGCUCUCAUUUCAAACCCUGAUUAAUCCUAGAGCGAGACUCACAUUUUCAUGUUAUUUGUGGAUGAACAGGGGUUUUCAACACGUCUUAAAUGGUAGUUAAGCACGUGUGUCUUUUACACAAUGGGAAUUGUGAACUGGUCACAUGGGUCUUAAGGUCUUUCGCCUAAUGUGCCGCUCGAUGACUUCCUUCAUUGCUGAACAUGUUUUAUGUUAUGAGAGUGAGUGAUGGCGUGAUUUUACGCAAUGCUUUGUAAUGACUUUACGGAUAAUUAUGGAAUUUAAAAUGAGUCGUGUACUUGUUCAUGUUCCUCGGGAAUGCGUCUUUAAUGAAUGCUACAGGGCAUCUUCUUGAGUCACGUUUUGUCCAUAAAGAUCGAUUUUAAUUCGUGAUAUCUGCACCAGCAGAUGGUCAGUACUAUGGCAUGGAGUAAAGGAUGUGACGUCACAACUGAAAAAAGAAAUGUCAUCAAAACAAAUGGUUGAAAGUGAAUUUUGUAUUUUGAAUAUUUUUUAAAAUGUUUCUCAAAAGGGUACAUCAAACAGAAUCAAGUACUCGAAACUCGUUAGCUCCCUCAUCAGGAUUUCCUGAAACUCGGGAAUGGCGAAAUAUUGGUUACCUGCGAAUAGGCAGUGAUAUUUAUUCAGUGUUAAUGAGUUAAUAGUUUUCUAUGUAAUUGAUGCAGGGUUGACUACACAUUCAAUUCAAUUUUCGAUGUCCCUAUGACAUUUUAGGCAGAAUAUGAUCAUGUUGUUUUCGGUGACCUAGAACAGGAAUUGUAGCGACUAAUCUGCAGAAAUUCUGCCACACCAGACAUCCUGCAUAUAAACUCUGUCCAUGUUUGCCAGUGAGCACUGUAUGUGCAGUACAGACCUUUCGAUUGGGUACACAGCACUGCUACUGGUUAUUAACCCCCCACGCAGAGCUGGUGGGGUGUUGGGAGGAAUAAUCACUUCCUGGUUAUCGUAAGAAUUUUAGAGACAAUUCCCGAGAUGAAUUCAUGUUGAUGUUACCAAGCAUAAAUAAGAGAAACUGCAUUGUAGCCGCGUUUCUGGCUGACAUGGAUCAAAUGUUCAAGUGAUGUUAUGUCCACAUCGUUGUCCGUACCUCCGUCCUAGUUAACAGUUUCAUCUGCCCUGAAACAAGGCCUAUACCAAGAAAUGCAAGAUUUAUGGAUGUCAACUUCUUUAUUGUGAAUAACACAAAGAUUUGAAGGCCUGUACUGAUAAUAUUACAGUUUUCAAUAGUUAAUGCCAACAUAAGUGUUUCUAAAAUUGUUGAAAUAAUUCAUAUUCGAUUAUAAAGAUGACAGCCAUAUGUCAUAUUGAUGCCUAUGGUCACAUUUUUAAAUAUGUAAUAUACAGGACACGAAAAACAUAUACAAUUUUGGCGUAUUUCAUUUUUUAUCCAGCUGUAUUGUUACCCAUUCAUACAUACGUUAAAGUUAACGGAGAAAAGAUUACAUGAGCAUUAGAAACGUUUAGUGUUAUUUGUGAAGUACCGUUAACAGGUAAAUAUGGCCAAUGACCAUGUAUGAGAGACUACCAAGCAUUAAGGCUGUGCUUCCAUAUUUACCAAAUACUUGAUUCCGGUGUUGCUUUGUGCUCAGAUCAGUUGUUCCCCUGCUUGUAUGAUGUGCUAUCUGGAUAAUGACAACUAUACUCGGUCAAAUUAUUGAUUACUUUAGCUAAUUAUCUACAAGUCACUUUUCAACAUCUCUAAUAACUAUCUCUAUUUGUGGACUCGAAUUUUAAAACUUGGUCUAAAAAUGUUAAAACAGUAAAACCGAUCUUGCCUCGUGCCUUUUGUUAUUUGCUUUGUUGUUUUGUUGAUUAUUGAAAUCUUGUUGUUGAUUCCUAACGUUACGUAGAUUUAAUUGUUCAUAAUUUUCUGUAAUAUUAGAAAUAAAAUGAAUUCUGUUUUUACAAAUAUAGAUAAGAUUGUAACCACUGUAGCUGCUCAAAAAGCAAGCUAUAAUACAAUGAACAGUUAUUGCGAUGUAAACGUGCCUUUAAAAUGCCUAUCAAGGUUCAUGUUUCACUUUUUGUGAGUAUGGUAUGUCCUUUAUUGACACGUGCAGUCCAUUUUCUUUGUUAGUAAUAAUACUGACAUUACAUUUCAUUUCAACUGAACGCAACCAUCCUAUGGUACAUAUGGCUUGAUCCAUGAAAAUGGAUUAAAACUAAACAAAAGAAGUGAUUUAAAAAUGGAAUAUAUGUUGAGAAAUAUUACCCUUCACCAUAUUUUUAUGUAUGUAGUCUGUGUUAAAUGCAUUGUGAAUAUCUUCUAUUUAUUCUUACAUCAGUAUUACAUGUACUAUGACCAUAGCAUGCCUUAAUGACACUGUCUCAUGGUUUUACUGCUGUAACAUAUUUGUUUUAUAGAAUACGUUAUAUAUAGAAUGUACAUGUUUAAACAUUCAAUCUGAGCUGGAAUCUGUGAUACACGAAACUCGAUUGCCAUACGAUGUUGCCAUGGUUACAAAGAAAUAAAUGGAUGUGGGUGCAAAUAGUU